AUGUUGUCGUUCAUCACCUUCCUUGCUACUUCUUUCGCCUUCACUUCUUCAGUUCUUGCUUACCCCGCCAAUGUCACUGAUCUGAGUGACCUCGUGGCCCGUGGUGGAACUCCAAGUUCUACCGGCACCAACAAUGGAUUCUACUAUUCGUGGUGGACAGACAAUGGUGCUCAAGCUACUUAUACCAACGGCCCUGCAGGUCAAUACAGUAUUACUUGGGGUACCGGAGGUAACCUCGUUGGAGGCAAAGGAUGGAAUCCAGGAACCUCCAGAGCCAUCUCAUACACCGGUACCUACAGUCCAAACGGCAACAGCUAUCUCUCCGUUUACGGCUGGACUCGCUCCCCUCUGAUCGAGUACUACAUCGUCGAGAACUUCGGAACCUACAACCCAUCUACAGGUGCAACAAAAAAGGGAUCUGUCACCAGUGAUGGCUCCACAUAUGACAUCUACCAGACCACACGCACCAACCAGCCAUCCAUCGACGGCACCGCAACCUUUCAGCAAUACUGGUCCGUUCGGACUUCUCAUCGCUCAAGCGGUACAGUCAACACCAAGGCUCACUUUGAUGCCUGGGCUGCACUUGGCAUGAAGCUUGGAACACAUAAUUAUCAGAUUGUUGCCACAGAGGGUUACUUCAGCAGUGGCUCGUCUACCAUUACUGUCUCUGAAGGUACUGCUUCAGGUGGUGGUGGAAGUACUCCAGUUGUCACGACAAGUAAGGCCGCGAGUCCUACAUCUGGAACUGGAACUGGAUCCGGUGGAAACUGUGUUGCCAUGUACUCUCAAUGUGGAGGUUCUGGCUGGGCUGGUGCUACUUGUUGCUCAUCCGGGACUUGCAAAGUCCAGAGUCAAUGGUACUCUCAGUGUUUGUAA